AUGAACCCAUUAUCUCCAGAAAUCGUCAGGGCCUUCGAUGAAAAAUUGCCCGACGAACCCCUUGUGAUGAUUCCCUCCAAUGAGACGUACCGUCAUAUUCGAAGCACAGCUUCAUCUACCCUCGAGGCAGACCCAGUAGCUGUCUACUUUGAAGAAACCAUCGACCUAUACCACAACUUAUUUGACCGGAAUUUUCCACGAAUUGGCCAUGCGAGUCCGUUAUCCGCCGGAAUGCCAGUGAUGGAACAAACACAUAUACUGGAGACUGAAGCAGAUGUUCUACGGCUUGCUACUCUGCAGCUCAUUCAUCCUGUCAACAUCGCACUGCAGCAGAUAUGCCCACCUGGCACUCGAAUAUUUCGUCGCACAGAAACAUCUACCAGCGGCACGAACGUAGAGUGGUCUUUAUACGAUACUAGGGGUCAUCUUCUAUCUAGGCUUGCUAUCCUAGAGAUCAAAAGCACCAAUGUUAUACACAAAGAUGACUUCAAGCGUGCCGCUGUCGACGAGACAAACUUUCAGUCGAAGAUGGUAAGGGCAAUGGAUACAGAAAGCUCGUCGCUUCUUAAGCGCAACGCUAUUUGGCUCUCCAAGCAAGCCCAAAAGUAUUCGAGACACUGCCCCUAUGUGGCCGUAUUUGACUGGGACGCUAUGUUCAUCUUCAGCUUUUUGUCACAAUCACACAAACCAGUGCGUGGAUUUUACUUCGAUGAAUAUGGACGCACGGAGGGCAUGACAUUCCGUCGCCUUCUUUUUGCCUUCGUCAUUCGCCCAUUAAGGAGCUACGAAGCGACGCGUCUCCAUAGGAGACACUAA